GUUAUUAUCAGUAGCGAUUCCCUUUACCUGUAGAAGAAAAAAAACAUCACAUCAUUUAUGGAAACGUAAAUAAAUCCUCAGAGCAGUUUAUCAGAUGGGCCUCCAGUUUUCACUGAUUUAUGUCAUUUAAAGCAACUAUAACUGGAAUUACUGCUGUUGGAAGUGCAGUAAUUAGUGUUGUCUUCUAAUUUGAACAACGUCACUAAAGUUACGCUGGUUGAUCCCAAUUCCAACUUCAAGACCUGAAAAAGUUUUGCUUUACCAUCAAGACCCUGCUGCAGAAUCCCAAUCUUUAACACAGAUAGUUUACAAAACAUUGAUUUUUUUCUUUUUAGCUUUUUCCACAAUCUGUCCCAACUUGACUUUCUGGUGAUAAAAAUGGAGAUAAUAAAAAACUGUUUUGAAAAAUCUGCAGAUUUUUGAACAACAUGACUUUAAAACCCUGUAUUGACAAGCCUAAACAGGAGAGCAAUUUUAAUGGAUUGCUUCAAUCCGUUUCACUUCAUUGACCGUGUUUCCACUAAAACCUCAGAUAGGAGCUGAAAGAGUUAAUGAGUUCAUGACGCCUCUCCAUUUCUGGUAAGAAAACGGUUACUGAAAACGUUACUUAGAAAGACAUGCCACGCAUAGCUUGGCAACUGUAGUAAUAAAACAACGCUAUCGUAAUAAAGGUGACAGGUGGCACUCCUUUGGUUUCCACAGCACUGUCAGUUUUUUUUUUUGCAUGACUAAAGAUGUUUCCAAAUCCAUGAACUGAGCAUUGUGUAGCAGUAGGUGAGGGAGAAGCAGCGCUGCUUUACUUUAAACUCCGACAGCUGGAGAAAACUUAGUUCAUGGCAGCAGCUUCUCUGGGACUUUAUUACGACAGUUUUAAACCUGUAGGGCGAUAUGACGUAACUUUUUUAUCGUUCUGAAAACCUUGGUAUGCCUUGAUAGCAGAACGUCCUGCUAAAGCUUCGACGACAGGUGCCUCCUGUAUCUGUUAAGCAGCUCGAGUACAACUUGGCCAUCUUCCUGACUCUACUCUCUCUCUCUAGCCUCUCCGUGGCUCGUCUGCUGUUUUGGCCCACUGGUCCGAUUUCAAAAAAAGGUGUUAAACAGUCAUCAAAGCCAUGCAGGCGGGGGUGGACGCCACAUAAAGUGUCAGAGGAGAGAGCAGAGUGUGGAGGCUGGGAGAGGGGACAAGGGGCAGGUUGGGUUGAGAUCAGCAAUCUGCUGAGUCAUCAUGACUGGUCUCAUGAUGAUCUUGCAGCAGCAGCAACAACAAUAGCCUCUCUUUAUCUCAGGCACACACUGAGAGAUGAGAGGAGGCCAGCGCACACACAGAGCUUGUCAUUGAGAGCCUGUGGAGACGCUCUUCGCUGGAGCACUGAGCUCCAAGGACUGUAACAGUUAGCUUCCCUCUGGAGUCCUUCCUACAAACUUCACCACUUCCUCUUGUUUCUUGCUCGUUUCAUCGUUAUUGGCCUCCAGCCAGCCAAUGAGAGCUUGUGAGCACAAAGGUAGUGGGCACUGUGAGUGAAACCACAAGGAAACAGGAAGUCAGGGAAAUUCUAAGAAGCGUUUGUCACUUUCACUCAUGCAGUCUUAUACAGAUGCAAAAAGUCUGUGCCAUGCUCCCACAACAGGGCCAGAAUGCUCGGUUUUGCUUAAUAUCUCCUUUUUCUCUGGUUUGCGCAGAAGAGCAAGGCUCUUGUGGCAUGACGACGACUAACAAAGGAAAUAAAGCCUUAAAGGUGAAGCGUGAGCCGGGUGAAAAUGGCACCAGCCUCACGGACGAGGAGCUGGUGACCAUGUCCGUGCGGGAGCUGAACCAGCACCUCCGGGGGCUCUCCAAGGAAGAGAUCCUGCAGCUCAAACAGAGGAGACGCACCCUGAAGAACCGAGGCUACGCCGCCAGCUGCCGGGUCAAGCGGGUCACCCAGAAGGAGGAGCUGGAGAAGCAGAAGGCGCAGCUGCAGCAGGAGGUGGACAAACUGGCCAACGAGAACGCGUCCAUGCGCAUCGAACUGGACGCCCUGAGGUCCAAGUACGAAGCCUUGCAGACCUUCGCCAGGACUGUGGCGCGGAGCCCCACAGUCGGGGUCGGGGUGAGGGCCGGGGGCGGUGGGGGCGGAGGGGUGCCGUCGUCGGUCAUCGGCCCACUCAUACCGGGGAAGGUGGCGACGGCGACGAGCGUCAUCACGAUAGUCAAGUCAAAGACGGACGCGCGGUCUUGAGGGGAAGAAGGCUGGAGGAGGGUGUGACAGGAUGGAGCUCAGCCGCAUCAGAGUAAGCCUGCCUCUCUAUUGCCCCCCUCUCCUCCACCUGCACCGACUCCCAGCAGCUGGGCGGCACCACCCGGACCACCCCGACGUGUUCCCAUCGUCCGUCUCAGAUCAGUGCAGAUGAAGGACAGGAUGGAGGCAGAGGACGGUUUAUUGGCUCACAAAGAAGCUUCCGGUCAGAGUUUGAUCGUCCAGAACUGGAUGAACACACAGAGUCCCUUUGGCUAAAAUGUGGAUUAUGAAUGUCAGAGAAUUGGAGAACUUGAUCUAGAAUCACAUAUUUAAAUCUGAAAGUGAUCAUUUUGGGAAAACACUAGAAAAACCUGGGGGAGCUGCGUUUGAAUCAUGUCAAGUUUUUAGUGUUGAGUUUAAAUAAAAAGGUUGAAAUCUGAAACAGAGAUGCACCGAUCAGGCUUUUCUUGGCAAUAUGAUGUCUGGUUUUGAAAGAUUGCGAUUUUUUUUUUUUUUGCUGCAAGUUCAUUGAUAGACGUUUUGGAUCCAGAUUAAAAUCAAAGUAUUAAAAACUUACCCCUAUUUCUGCAUCACAACUAGCCUCUAUCUGAUUAUUUAAACCCCCUGGAAGGCAGUCUAAUUCAUGCAACUAAUAGAAAAUAGUUGGAGUUGAUAGAUUUGAUGCAUUUAAAAAAGUAGAGACGAAAAUCUGCAUUUUUGGUAUUUUACCUGCAGAUUUCAAAGCAGAGCCAAUCAAGUAAUAAAUUGGCCAAUUCAGAUCUCUAACCGUGUUGGUUUGGUGCAUCUUUGAUUAAAAAUUAGGUACAUCAGUUGAAAACCCCAAGCUAUGUCUAAGAAUAUUUUUUUUUUUUUAAAGUGACGUGCUGAUUUCAGUGACUGCGCCGAAGCCCGGUCUUGUUUCACCCAAGAACUUUUGCAGAAAAGUACUAAUGGAAAAAUCUAUAAUAUACGAUGGUGGUAACUGUAUUUCUACUGUUUUGUACCGUGUUGUCAUUCACAUGAGGUCCAAGGUGUAUUCUCUGUGUGUGAAAUGUUAUAUAUCAGGAAUUCUGUGAAAUUCUGUGGCGAGUGUUUGUUCUGGUAUCGCUAUGUUUAGUUAGCUGUGUUCUUUUCUAUGGUCUUUCGCUCUUUCUCCUUCCUGUUUUCCUUUUUCAAGAGCAAGUGGCUUCCAGUAUUACAUAUUGUACUUCCAAGACUUGUCAGUAGGACGAGGAUGCUGCAGAGCGAUUCGUACUUAACAAAAAUAGAAAGAGACAAAUGGACAAUAUCCUGUUGAAGAAAAUGUGAAAAUAACUUUGGUUUGUGAGAGUUUCUAGAAAAAUAUGUUCAAUACAGAAAAAGAUUGGAAGGGCAAGUGCCUUGGUCUUAUAAUGAUAUGCACCAAGAAGAAAGUCAAGAGGAACUGAGGGAGGAUGCUGAGGAUUCAAUGCAGAUAUAAAGCUGUACCUAAUGGCAUAUAUGCUGACCAAUCAAGAAUCAAACAGUAUUUUCAGGUCGGGACGCAUUUAUUGGCACUCCUGGUAAAAAUGUGCAAAGAAAAUUUUCAAAUUUUUGUUGAAGUAGCAUAAUCUCAAACUUAUAAGAAUUAGUGAGAGGGGAUAAAACUCAACAAGAUGGCCCAGUCUCUUCAAUUUUUUUUUGUGGGGAAUUUUAACUUGAAAUUCAAAGAUUUCUGUGUUUUUGGGUAUAAAAAUGAUGUGACGAAGAUCCAUUUCUAUUAGCCAUGUUAAUGUUGCCACCACAUGCAAUAAGUCUUUCACGUUUAAGGUUUACUCUUAAAAAAGUGCAUCGAAAGUGGCAUCAUUGGAUCACCAAGUAUCCAUGGCAACCAUUGGACACUUUCUACAUCUACAUGUGGAGUUUAUUGUACCCAAAUGGGAGUUUAACUGGAACCACUGGAAAGGUUAAAGUGAGAUUGAUCUUUCCAGCAGUAAUCUUUUGAAGAGAAGACUAAGAGAAAAGAAAAUCUGUCCUAUUGGCAAAAACUGGGUUGUACAAAGUGUCAACAGCAAGGCUAUCAAUAAUUGUGACCCAUUGGGUGUUCAAAACAAUUAUUUAUUAACAGGUUGGGUUUUUUUUCUGUACUGGAUGAAUGCUCUCAGAUUACAAGUAGGAUUUUUUUUUUCCCAGUAAGAGAUUAUUCUGCUGCAAUAAAAGUUGAGUUUAUUUGAAGGCUUUCUCUCAGAUUUAGAUUCAUUUAUUUAAAAUUAAUAAAGAAAUACAUCAAAUACUAAUUUCCAUCGUGUCAUAGUAAGUUGAUGUCGACACAUAAUAAUUUGCUGACACAUUUUUACCAGGAACACCAAUAGUUGUGGCUGGCACUUUGGUUUGCUGUGCGCUGUUUGAGAUUUGUUGUCAUCAUCAAAAUCACAUAUUAAUGAGGCUCAUUAACACGACUGUCAGGUUAAUUUAAAAAAAGGCUUAGUCCUAUUUAGUUUUCACCAGGAUGGUCAGAUCUGAGGAGGUCGGCUGACUUGUUGAAUGAGCUUUUUUGUUUUCUUCCAGUCAAACUACCAGGUUGUUAUUUUUCUCCCAGGCUUUUACCAGGCGUAGUCCUCCGUGGUGUUCUGUACUCAAAGAGUUCAUGUAUAGUGGAGUCUGUAAUUUUAUAAAGACAAUUAUCUUUGCAUUGUUUGUAACAACUUGUAAAAAAGAAAAAGAAAAAAAAAGGUAUCACAAAAUCCGUUUGAUAUACAGUGAUCUCUCUAUUUUGCAAUUGUACCAAAAGUGGCUUAACUACUGAAUAGCUUUGUUUAUUUUUCCUCUAGUGAUUAGGCACAUGUGUGUAACGGUGGACUAGCGUGUGGCGUGCUGUGUAGGUAUGUAACGAGGUGACUACUAGCUAUUUCAUUGGUUAUGAUUUUGAUCCGUUUUAGAUUUCAGCCCAAACGUGGACGAUGACGUUGUGUGUAUCUGCACUCUUUCUCUGAUCGUGUACUCUUUGCCCCACUGUCGUUCGGCUCCCACCUUUGUUGAACUGCACUUACAAAGAGUGAAUUUGAACAAGUUCACUUGUUUAACAGAUUUCUGAGCAGGCCAUUGUGGCUGUUUGUGUUUUUGGCCAGUUGCUAUGUUCAGGUCCUGUUGCUUUUGGGAUGAAAAUACAGUAGAGGCUUUAAUAAUAUUGUCUCUUCAAGUUAAGCUAUCAGAAAAGUGAAACUUGGUGAUAGGGGCUCUCUGGCUGCAUCAAACUCACUCCUUCAGUAAGUUAUUUUUGUACUGUGUGAAUAAGGCACUCUGUUUUUCUUUGUAUAUUUUAUGUAUAUUUAAUGUUGUUCUUGUGUUAGCUUCUGAAGAUCUUCGGGAAGUGUCAGGGAAGUUAAAUGAUAUUUGUAAGUGUAUACGGUGUUUUAUAAAGUAAAAAAAAACAACUAUAUUAUGCUAUUUAAUGGUUUGUCUGUCAGGGUGAGGUUGACCUUUUUAACCUGGUUUUAAAGAUUUCUUUCAAUGUCAUGCAAA